AUGACAAGAUUGGAUUAAGAAGGAAGUUACAGUCCUGCAGAUGUUAUAUUGUGAUGCAAAGGCCACCAGCAUCAGAGAACACCUGAUAAUUCGGUUGCAAUGGCUGCGGUGGACAGCUUCUCCCUCUUGAUGCGGGAGAUCGGACGGUCCUACCACUACUGCAUGGAGAUGCUGGCGGUUGUGGGAGCUUUCUAUGUGAGCAAGGUGUGCGUCACCGUUUUGAGUGACACCUACGUGCUGAUCAGGGUGCAUUUCGUUCCACGGAUCUUUGGCCGGCCUGACUUAAGCAAGCGGUAUGGAAAAUGGGCUGUGGUCACAGGAGGAACCUCGGGCAUCGGCCUUUCCUACGCUAAAGAGCUGGCCAGUUGUGGAAUUGACCUCAUCUUGAUUAGCCAGAACCAGGAAGAAUUAGAAGCUUCCGCUAAAGAGAUCAUGGAGACUUACAACAUCAGCACCAUGACUGUCGUGACGGAUUUUAAUAGGGGCCGCGAGGCCUAUCCGGUCAUUAAGAAGGUUCUGGAAGACAAAGAGAUUGGUGUCUUGGUCAACAAUGUCGGGGUCCUUAACCCUCUGCCCAAUUCCUUCACCAAUUUGACAGAGGCUCAGAUUUGGGAGUUCAUCAAUGUAAACAUUGGAGCCGCAAACAUGAUGGCAUACUUGGUGUUGCCGGGCAUGGUGCAGAGGAAGAAGGGGGCCAUCGUCAACAUUUCUUCUAUCAGCUGCUGCAAUCCCUGUCCCCGGUACACAGCAUAUUCGGCCUCCAAGACUUACCUGGAUCACUUCAGCAGAUCCCUUCACUAUGAAUAUGCCCCUCAGGGCAUUUUCAUCCAGAGCUUAAUUCCGUUCUUCGUUUGCCCCAACGUGACAAAGCUGAGUAGCACCCUCUCCAAAAUGAGCUUUUUCGUGCCUUCUCCGGAUGAGUAUGCUUGUCACGCCAUCACCACCCUCGGAGUCUCCCGAAGGACCACAGGAUAUUGGCCACAUACGCUCUUGAUGAUUUUUGCAAGGUUUGUCCCUGAAUGGUUCUGGGCUUGGAUGGUACCCAGAAUAAAUUAUUGCCAGAAGUCACUUUGAAAAAAAAUGCCUGCGAAGAUCUUGCCUUGAGCACCGAUAACAUCUGGACUGUAGCUACAACAGGAAUCCUUUCUUGCUUGCAUUUGUGAGGUUCCCAAAAGAUGCCCUAAUUAAUUUACGAGCCUCAAGACAAAGUUCAAAAGAAAUCCAGUCAUUUAUUAGGAGCAACAUUUUGGCUUUUCCUGCCACAGACAGAUCUGAUUUCCAUUUAAUGGUGGCUGAACUUUACCCCUGUGUCUCCCCUCCCCUCAGUCUGUGUCGUAAAUCACACCCACCAAUGAAGUGCUGCAGCAGGUUGUAAAAUUUCAUGCCUCACACACCUGCUGUAGAAAUCUGAGAUUCUGACCCUGGUCGAAGAUUUGCAUGGAAUUCUCCCCCCUCUUUCUUCCAAUGUCAACUUGAUAAUAGGCAUGGAAAUGCUUUACAAGUUGACAGCGUUAUUUGUUUGAAAUCAUGUACUUGAGAUUCGAAGGAAGUUUAGCUUAGACGUAGCUGAAAGAAAACCCUUGAAACAAACUUUUAGAGAGCCGGAAUAGUAUUCUCCACCCCGAGGCAUCAUUUAUGUAGAGUUCUUCGUGGCUCCUCCAUGAAAGUCCGAAGAAACCUGUAGGUGACGGAGAAAUUGAGUUGUUGAAGAACUUGGGUUCCAGAAGAGCAAAAAAGAAAGAAAUAGCUGCCAAUGGGGCGUCGCAGAUCAACUUUCUCCAACCUCGUGCGCUGGGCUACUACGCUCAUCAACCCACACUGAAUGAUAUCUGAUGGGAGUUUGAUGCAAUGUUACCCUCAAAGCUAUCUCAGGAUACAACUGUUCAACGGAGAUUUCCUUCUUCAAACCAGUGUGAUCUUGUGCUUUUAUCAGGAAAUCAUGUUGUUGUAUGUGUAUGGCGUCUACUUAGUGGCCAGUGUUGUAAUGGAUGUUAAGAUCUCGACUUGACAUGGCUGUCUCAGUGGGGGUGUUGGUGGCCCAGAGUCCUUGACUUUUCAGCCUCACUACAAGGCUAAGGGUUGCUAUACAGCAAGGGCGUCAAACUCGACUUCAUGGAGGGCCGCAUCAGGGUUCGGUUUGACCUUGCGGGGCCAGAGUGGGUAUGGCCAGCUCGACGUCACUUGUGUCAGGGGCGCAUAGAGUGGCCCGAGUGCUAUGCCAGCGAAAAAGGGCUCCUGAGCUUCGUUUCUGGCUGCAAUGGCCUCCUGCAGCCCUCUUCCAGCGGAAAUGGAGCUCCAGAGGGCCAUGUGAGGCCCUCCGG